AUGGCCUUGAGAUACCUGAGCUCAGAAGCGACGCUUCGGGCUAUAGCUAUAACCAUUAGUCCGACUUGUCUGCGUAUCGAUCAAAAAAGUCCAAAAAUAUCUAAAGGAACAAAAACAUACAACAGUGAGGAUUCGCUGGUGGUCACCCACCCAACUACUAACUCACCGGCGUGUGGCUUAAGUACGGCUGAGCGGACGGGAAGCCCUGUUUUCCACACCCUAUGGUCGUAUGUGCUUGAUAUAAGCUGGAGAGGCUUAUAA